AUGUUUUCCCCUUCAUGCCAAUGUGCAAAGGGUGAACGUGGUGAAAAAGGUGAUCCAGGUAUUUGUCCAGCAAAUUGUAUUUCGAGAGAUAAUUCAUAUUCAAAUGAUUGUCUUGGCUCUCACAUAAAGUUACAACAUCUUGCUCAAUCCAUACGUCAACUAAUUAUCGAUACAAAACAAAUAGCCAAUCGAAAUGCUCGAACAACUUCUUGCACAUGUUCCGCAUCGUCACCACCAUCAACAGCAACAACCACGAUAUCAACAAGAUUAAGUCCAUCUUCUAUUGACUACAAUAUGUAUAUGCGAUUGAAAGGAGACAAAGGUGAUAAAGGUGAUGCUGGUAUAUCUUGCAUAUCAAAUUGUCAACAAUCAACACAGUUAAAUAUACGAAUAUUUCCAACAAUAGAAGCAGCAACAGAUGCAUAUCAUGAUUAUCCGGAUCAUACAUAUGUUCAUAUUGUUAAUGAACAAGGUCGUUUACAAAGUGUGCUUAUUCGAAUUCAUCGAAGAUUAGUACCAUUAGGAUUAGAGACUGAACUUCAUAUUUUUGCAUUGGGUCCUCGAACACGAAGAAUGUGUAAUCCAAAUCGUCCAAAUAAACUUUGUUCAAAAUUAUCUGAUUAUGAUAGUUUAUGUGAACGUAUAUCUGAACGUUAUCAUUUAACAGGCUUUUAUCGAGCAUUUAUGUCAUCAAGUACACAAUGGUUAGCAAAUUUAUUUGAUGGUGUUUGUAUAAAUCCAAAGAUUAUUAAUAUGAAUGAACAAGUUUUGUUUGAUACAUUUGAAGAAAUUUUUGAACGAAAAUCACCACAAAAUGUAAUUUUAGAUGUACAAGGUAGCAAACCACAGUGA